AGGAGCUGGAGUUUUUAGGUUUUGUGAGCAUCUGGAUAUCUGGCUUGGGUCUGUAGACAGAGAAGAAGAAGGAGAAGAAGAAGAGUUUGGAUGUAUGGAAAAUUACGUGGGACCAGAGGAAGAGACGGGGAAAGCACAUUAAGAGAGGAGCGGAGGAGAGAGAGAGAGAGAGAGAGAGAGAGAGGAGGACACCCGGAGGAGAAGUUGUUUUUCUAACGGGACAGGAGGACAGUUGCCAGACCAGCCGGGAUGUUGCCGGUGAUCCUAACGGUUUACCUCAAUGACACCCAGCAGAUGCUAACUGAGGUCCCAGUUACUCCAGCAACCAGAGUGAUUGACGUGGUUGAAUACUGCAAAGAAGCCGGCGAGGGGGAAUGUCACUUGGCUGAAGUAUGGAACGGGCAUGAGCGAGUUCUCCCUCAGGAGUUGUUAUUGUUGGAUCUCCUCCAGCAGUGGGGAGCCAGGAGGCCCGAGGUCAGCUUUUACCUCAGACACUGCCCGCCCUGGGCGCAAGGAAGUCAGCAGCCUUUGGAGCAGAGCUGGACCUCGGAAGCAACAGAAAGCGCUAAUGACAGGGUUCCCCGUGUGGAGCUGACCCUCUCUGAGCUCCAGGAAAUGGCCACAAGACAACAGCAACAAAUUGAAGCUCAGCAACAGAUGUUGGUCGCCAAGGAGCAGAGACUGAGGUAUCUUCAGCAGGGAGGCAGAUCUAACCAGGGACAGACACAGUCUGAAGCUGAGAAGCUGCAGCGGUUGAAGGAGCGAGUGGAGACCCAGGAAGCGAAGCUGAAGAAGAUCCGAGCCAUGAGAGGACAAGUCGACUACAGCAAACUGAUCAACGGAAACCUCUCCGCAGAGAUUGACCACGUCAGCAACCUGUUUCAGGAGAAGCAGGCGGAGCUGCAGUCUGCAGUGAUCAGAGUCGACCAGUUGACUCAACAGUUGGAGGAUUUAAGGAGAGGACGCCUUCAGUUGCACUCUGUUGCCCCAGCUCAGGGGGCACCUCCUGGGUCACAUGGUGCUACCACUGGCCAGAAAGGAUCACCCCUGUCUGGCCCUGCUGCCCUGGAACUGAGGAAACUCUACCAGGAGCUGCAGGCUCGUAAUCGCCAUAACCUGGAGCAGAGCAACAAGUUGGCCCAGAACAAGGAGCUGCUGAACAAGAGGAACACUCAGGUGACAGUGAUGGAUCAACGCAUUGGAGACCUGAGAGAGCGACUGCAUAAGAAGAGAGCAGAAUUAAGUCGGAUGAAUGGAGGAGGCCUGUCCUCCCCUCAGAGUUCUUCCCACCCUGGUGGUGGUGGAGUAAUGGGUCGAGUGGCAGCAGUCUGCCCCUACAUCCAGGUUCCAGCUGAGGGCAGACAAGAGUCGGGGUACCCACUCCCAGCUGACCCACCAUCCAAACCGACCCCACUCAGCCACACCCGCUCCCUCUCAGCUAAUGAAGCAUCAUGGCCGAGCAUCAGUAAGAGUGUGUCAGAUUGGAGGACCAACAGUCCAGAACAGCUUCCCUCUGGUUAUGGUACCUAUCCCAGUGCCACCCACCAGGCGGCAGGGCAUCACUGUGCCACCAGUUCCCUGCCCCGCUCUGCACCAGGUACACUGGGCUGGCCACGAUCUAGUGCUGCCAACACCACGUUGUCCUCUUCAUCCUCAUCAUCCUCCUCCUCUCAACAAAUACAGCAGCGUAUCUCUGUCCCUCCUAAUUCAAUCCAAGGCUCUGCCGCCAUCUCCCAGCCCUCUCCACUGUCCCCACAAACAGAGCGAACAGAUCCCCCUCCAGCAGUGGCCGUACGUCCCUAUGUCCCGGACCAUCCCUCCAGGCCCCAGUCCCCCAGGAAGGGCCCCGCCACCAUGAACAGCAGCUCCAUCUAUAGCAUGUACCUCCAGCAGCCUCAGGCCAAAAACUAUGGAUCUCUCAGCAACAGAACUACUGUCAAAGCAGUCUAUGGCAAACCCAUCCUCCCCACAUCCUCCUCCUCUCCUUCCCCGGUCCCUUUCCUCCAGGGAGGUGGAGGAGGAGGAGGAGUAAGAGCAGGAGGAGAGGAUGUAACAGAUAAAGGAGGAGGAGAAAGCAGCAAUGGGCAAAUCAUCCCUCCACCAAGCGUAGAUAACAUCCCUCGUCCCCUCAGUCCCACAAAGCUCACCCCAGUUGCCCACUGCCAGCUACGUUACCAGAGUGAUGCUGACCUGGAGGUUCUCCGCCGACGGCUCAGCAAUGCUCCACGACCGCUGAAGAAACGGAGCUCAAUCACUGAACCUGAGGGCCCACAGGGGCCAAACAUCCAGAAACUACUGUACCAGAGGUUUAACACUCUGGCAGGAGGCAUGGAAGGAGGUUCAGGUAACACUUUCUACCAACCCGACUGCCUUUUGGGUGACAUGGACAACAUCCAUUCAGCCAAUGGGAAUGUAGAACAAGGUGACAAGCCAGCCAGUGUGGCAGCUGUGGAGGGCGAAGUUCAGAACCUGAACUCGGACUCCCGACGCUUGUCCCCUCCUUCUGUUGCCGUAGAACCAUCCAAAGAGACAACAUCAAUGGCAGAAACUACCAAUAAUGUGUCACCACCGACCCAACCCAGCUCGUCCCCUGCACCUGAUAGGCCAGAGGACCAGAACAACAACAACCAGAGAGGAUCUAGUCCCGCCCACAACUCUGUAGGCCACGCCUCUCCAUCACCUCCUGCACCACCUUCACUGCCUAAGGCCAAGCGAACCAACCUAAAGAAGCCGUCAUCAGAGCGGACAGGCCACGGUCUCCGGGUCAAGUUUAACCCUCUAGCUCUGCUGCUGGAUGCAUCGUUAGAGGGAGAGUUUGAUUUGGUGCAGAGAAUUAUCUAUGAGGUGGAAAAUCCCAGUAUGCCUAAUGAUGAAGGCAUAACUCCUCUUCACAACGCUGUCUGCGCGGGACACCACCAUAUUGUCAAGUUUCUGCUGGACUUCGGAGUGAACGUUAACGCAGCUGACAGUGACGGAUGGACUCCCCUGCACUGUGCAGCUUCAUGUAACAGCGUCCACCUGUGCAAGAUGCUUGUGGAGUCCGGCGCAGCCAUUUUCGCCACAACAAUUAGUGAUGUCGAAACAGCAGCAGACAAAUGUGAAGAAAUGGAGGAGGGCUACACACAGUGUUCUCAGUUUCUCUAUGGUGUACAGGAAAAACUGGGAGUGAUGAACAAAGGCUUGGUCUAUGCUCUCUGGGACUACACGGCCCAGCAGGCUGAUGAGCUUUCCUUCAGCGAAGGCGACGCUCUCACUGUGCUGCGUCGACGUGACGAGACUGAGACAGAGUGGUGGUGGGCGCGACUCAACGACCGCGAAGGAUACAUACCCAGGAACCUACUGGGGCUGUAUCCAAGGAUCAAACCCAGACAACGCUCACUGGCAUAAAGCCCAGAUCAGGAGCCAUGUGCACGCUCCCAGAGGGCGCAUGCACGCAGGGAAGAAGAGGUGCAGAAGCAGCGUGAGGGCAGACGCAUAAGCUGGGAAAGAAGGAACAAAGGUAGUCAGGAGGCUGAGAGAGGAAAGAAAGAAAGAGACAAAGAUGGAGGUCAGAGUUUUGUUGAACAAUUUUUUUGGUUUGUUUGGAUAUAACGCUGGAACCACAGAGCCACGUUAUGGUAGAUUCAUAAUAUAUUUUCACUGAGUUGCUGCAGAGUUGAAGGAAAAUUGCCUGAAUCUUAUUUUGAACAACAGUAGCUUGACAACUUCACUCAAGUUCAGUCGCAUGACAGAAGCUGAAGAGACUAAAUAAAAAAACAAAAAAAAAAACACAAAAAAAUUCUUAUCUUUUUGGAUGCAGCUUCAAUAUUGACCUCAGUUCACUUAGCUCAAAACAUGAUACCUUGAGCUUGGAAUUAUAAGGCUUCAUCUGACACUAUCUAAAUAAUCUUGAUCUUUGAAUGUCACUUCAGUUUUGUAUGGUGUUAAUAAAAAAAAAACAUUCAGGUGGAUCUUCAUAGAGCCAAGCUUAU